UUCAUACAGCGUCUUGCUGUUGAUCUCCAACGAUACUUUAUAUUUUCUUAUAACACAGCCAAGCGACUUCACUUCCGACAUUUUUCGCGCUUACCUGCUUUUCAUAGUAGUUCGCCGUGCACUCUUUUCAGAUCGGUUUCCGCCACAGUUCUUGCCAUCUGACUUCGUUGUCUUGUCCAAAUUUUUUGAUAUUUUUCCAUGUCUCCAGCCGUUGUCGCCGCUUCGUCGUCACAGAGCUCCUCUAAGGACGCAACAAAAUCAACGCGUCAUGCAGAUGCAGCACAUGCUCAGCCUCGUCCGCGCAGGAGGGUUGUUAGGAGGCGUGGACGUGGGCGCAGGGAUAGCAUGGGGAGCGAUGACGAGAUUGAGCGGGAGACGAUGAGCGAUGCGUCCGACUCAGAACCUUCGUUGAUGGAUUCGGCCUCCGAUUCAGAAGUGGAAAGCGAGUCUGAGUCGCUGGCAUUACGCAACGGGCGACACCAUCUUGAUACACCGAGUACGACUCAGAGCCCGCCUCCUGGCGAGGUCGAAUCGGCAGCGGCGCUUAAUGGAUUUGCGGCUUUGAAACCAGACGGAGACGCCAAUGAGGCUCUUCAGCAUCCGCGUUCGGCGCCUGCAUUCCUCGAUCCGGCAGUCACCUGGUCUGACAUGGUAACAAGUGAGGGCGUUAAUGGUGAUGCGCAAUUGCCUGUCAUCGACUUCACGGAAUUGCACGAACACGCAACUAGUGAACCGCCACACCUUACAAAUCAAGAGGACGCGACUGGUUCCGUUGCGUCUGGCACUGGCAAGGAAAAGGAAGACGACUCUAGCACUCAACAAGGCAACGAGCGUCCUUCCCGUGGCGGGCCAGUACGUUCUCGUGGUGCACCUCGACUGACCGGUCAAGCUGCUAGGCAAGCAUAUCAGGAACGGUUGCAAAAUGAUCCGUCAUUUGUGCCGACCGUAGGCGAAUUCUGGGGCCAUGAUGAUCGGCUAUUGGACAGGAAUUUGCGCAGUCUGAGUGGUUGGUGGAGAGGGCGAUGGCAAGGAAGAGGGCGGGGUCGUGGUGGAUUCAUCGGAAGGGGCAUGCGUGGUCGCGGCCGAGGUGGGUUUUUCGGCGGCUAUAGGCCUGCACCCAAAGACGAAGAGGCACCAGCAGAACCAGAAGAUUCCUCCAACGCUGUUGAGGGUGUACCAAAUGUCAAUCCUGAACUACCACCAAUUGAGAAGGCUUGGACGCACGACGGAUUUGAGGAGAUGAAGGCUAGAGAAGAACGUCGACGUGCAUUAGAACAACGCAAGGCUAAGAAUCGGCCUGCAUCACGGAACAGCGCAAUCAACGCAACAGCAGGACCAUCUCGUGGUGGAUUUGUCCCUCGCGGCCGUGGCUCCUUCCGAAAUGUGUCUUCACCAACCUCGUCUCGGGGCGGAUCAUCCUUUGCGCAGCGACUUCGUUCUCAGCCCGACAGACCAUGGUACACGAUGAAACCUGAGCACGUCUGGACAAAGCAAUUCGAGGGAUUCUUAUACGCCGAGCCGUCUCUUAGACCGAAGCAUGGUAAACCUGCCGGUUUCCGUGUGAGUCUGCCCGGGAAAGGCUCAGAGAUCGUUCGCGUUCCUGCUCCGCAGAAAGCGAUGGACGAAGUUUCGGGCUUGCGUUCUCAGCCACCUUCGGAGAUGACUGCAUCUACCGAUGCCGGUUCGAGAAUGGUCGUUGUUAAUCUACCGAGGCCUUCAGCAGGGAAAGACGCGGAGGAAUCAUUCGUUCAACCGGAACCGAUCACUACUGUUGAAGAUCUUCCUUCUGACGCUGCACCGAUACCGGAGCCGCCCUCCGUUGAGCAACCGGCCGUUCCGGAUCCCCAACCUUCAGGGCUGGAAAGCUCUAUCACUUUACCUCAACCGCCUACUCAAGAUAAUGCGGUUUCGACUCCCGCUCUCACCAGGGAAAGUUCUUUAAGUGACAGAUCCGUCGCGGACGCGUCUGGAAUCACGGAUGGAACUGCACAGCUCACUUUGGAGGAAGAAAAGGCCGCUCCUGAUAUGGCACCUGCAAUGCCAGGCCCUAUGCCCCCUCGCAUCCAGACGUCCUUCCCACCGCCUGUUCAACCGACACCUGCUUACGCCUCUUCACCUUACGCAUAUCCGCCCUCUUUGCCACCUGGUAUUGCACUCAACCAGCAAGGCUAUGCGUAUGAAGUUGCUAGCGGACGUCCUGUGUACUUACAACCUACUCCUCCGCCUCCGCAAAUGCAUAUCUUCAAUCCACGUCCUAUACCCUUUGUCCCCGGACAUAUGCACCACCAUUCCCUUUCAGGAGAGUACAUGCAGGCGCCGCCAACUCCAACGCUUGGUGGCAUCGUUGACCCGUCUACUGGACAGCCGAUUUUCGCGUUGCCGCGCCAGAACAGUCGCAUUGAGAUACGUGCGCCCACUGAUACAAGCGAUGGACAGUUCCGCGUAAAACAGAUGGAGCGCCGUCCAUCAAGCCUGCGUAGCUCGACGACUGCAGGGGUGAAUGGUGAGACCCACCACCAGCAGUCUGCUUCGAUGUCGUAUGGUGCCCAGCAAUAUCCUCCUGGCCCGGUAUACUAUCAGCCAGAGAUGAUGAACGGUAUGGGACCACAACCCACCUAUCAAGUAUCGGAAGGCGCUGCGUCAUUGUCUCCUGGAAGCGAGGAGCCUCCUCAUGUUCAACCGGCUGGUAUGGAUCCAAGCAUGAUGGGAUACGCACCGUACCAACAGCAGUACUACUAUCCGGAGCAGUACUACCCUGCGUAUGUGGAGAUGCCGCAGCAACAUGGACAGUAUGACCCGUAUCAUACGGACCCGCACCAACAGCCACCAGUGUACUACUAGCCUAGUCGAGUGAUUUCGUUCCCGUUUCAAUCACUGUUACUUUCUUCUUAUUUUCUCCUUCCCUUCUCAUUGCGAUUUUAAUUUUUGUUUUUUCUCUGAACCGUUGCGCUGUGUUGUUUUUUGUUUCAUCUUGGCGGCUUAUGUCGUUUCUCGUUUUGCAUUCAGGUUUGGGCUCUGUUCUGACAUUCACACAUGCUUAUACAUACAUACAACCAUUCAUACAGUCCAAUCAUCCACUUUCAGCCAAUACUCAUCUCAUUUUUUUUAUCAUGACAUGAUACUCAUAUCCACGAUGCUUUGUUUCCGUCUUCUGAUAUUUGCUUCAUUUCUCGAGUACCCUGCUUCUGAUGCUUGUGCUCUCUUGGAUUCUAAUCCACUACGGUUUGUAUUCGACUGCAGAUCAGUUGUAUCGCAAUAUGCUUU